AUGGUGCUCUUAUCUCUUUUCGCUAUGCAUCAAGGUGGUGCUGGAGGAUAUCGCCGACGAGCGCAACAGGGCACCACCGUGCUGUCCCUGAUGGUCAUGCUUUUACGGCUAUCUAUCAUGAAUUUGUCUGACGAGGUUGAAUGAGGAUGAGGAACAUCAACAGACUGAGCUAUGAUCUCGUCUACUGUCUGCAUCUACUUGUGUGUAAAAGUGAGCAUUUGUUCUAAGUCUAAGCCUUGAUGGACCCUCAGCCUAACCUUAACCUUCUUCGAACUCUAAGCACUAGGUACUAGCAGAACAUUUCCUACCUCUUCGCUUUCAUUUAUUUCAUCAAGAACACAGCUUCUAGAUCUAUCUCCGACUUCUUGACAACCACACCGAGAACCACCUCAGUUAUCGACAAAAUAGAUAAGUGCGUGGCUCUCUCAGAUUCAGCAUAGUGAAGCCAGUUUAUGUCCUUCAUCUUGUCCGAGUCUGUGUCUGUCCCCUAUAGUAUAAGAUAAUCUUACUCUUGAUUAAGUGAAUCUUCAUGUUCGUCACAUCUUUCGGAAUAUUAAGCAACAAAGCUCCUAGGCAUAUUUAUAUUUCCUUCUUGAUCUUGUCCCCCCUAUUAAUAUACAUAGCUAUUUCUGUCUGAACAAGAGUCAACCCUUUCUGACUAUCACCCAUGUCCCUCUUGAAAAAUCCUCUCUAAUGGCAGCACGCGUCGCGUUUUCUGAUGGAGGUGUGGCGCUCACAUUGUGGGCGUCCUCUUGUCUGCCGUUCUUGUGCACGCCUACCUCUGCAAAGCAAUGGCAAAACGUGUAUCAUGGAAGCGCGCCACUAGGUACUUCUAGUGUGGGUUUUUCAUUUUCUUGCUGUAGUGCACUCUCCUUAUACUGUGGUUCUAUCUUUUACCAGAUCCGGUUCUAUUUUUUACCAGACAGACGCCCACUCGUCCCACGAUUUCAUCGUCGGACUUGCGUACACACUAUAUGCACACAAAGAGUCUAUCUCCAAUGAUGAAGUGGCCUAAUGUUUAGAUUAUAAACUGCACAGGCUACCACUCGGAUGAAAGUAGUGACUUCUACGCACCAGCUGAGGGUGGUCAUGCAGAAUAUGAGGAUGAUGAGGACGACCAGGUCGACAAUGGCGCUCAACAAGAAACGAAGUCGAGUUUUAUCGUAACCGCGACCGGCGAAAGCAAGAAGCACAAGCAGGGAUCUUUUGAAGUUAUGGCUUUGGCUGCAAUCCCCUCCCAUCUGCGAUAGUAACUCCCUGAUCAGUAGUUCCUGUUUCACCAUCACAGUUCCCCAUGAGAAUAAGGGCUCACCCUUUUGAUGGCUAACACUAGGGGACGACUACAACAAUUUAGUAUAUGCGUAAGCAUUCAGCAUCAUGUUCAUGAUAAUGAUACUCAGGUGGAUACCUUUUCCCAACUUCAGAGAUUGGUAGGCAUGGCGAACAUUUAUCAGGACUGGAAACACAUAGUGGCCCCUCACGUAAAGACUGUAGUUACUCCUUUCGCACCCCUCCAAACGCGUACUACUGCAACGUCUACAGAAGCUACAGGCCAGACACGCUACACUACAGACGGAAGGGGAGGAGCUGAUCCAAGCGUAUUUGUCAUCCAUAGAACAACUACUAAAGCAACAAGAAAUGACGUCGUACAACGAAUACCGAAUAGAAAUAGUAAAUCUGGCGAGUGUUUUUGCUCAGCCGCACUUUAUGCCGUCUAGGAUCAAUAUCCGAGAUGUCACAGAGCUAGGCGCUUUGCCGUUUUUUCCAUUGCCAUUAUGAUCUGAAAACUCACUCGCGAGCUUUCUACUAGCGAACCAUUUGGAAAAAGAAGCACGUCUUUCGUCGUCCGUACCCCGUAGUCUCUCGGGCAGAGCUCACUCUAGCACGCGUCAUUUUUCAAAGGCAGCCGCGCAGCAAAGUGGACGGUCCAGUAGGCUCUCUGCCGGCUCUUUCUGCUCAUCGCUGUUGCCCUUUUGACCUUGACGCAGGUGCGCGCCCCCAUGAUCGCUGUGCUGUAGGUGUAAGGACACCCAGCACACAGCUGCAAGGUGCUAGCAUGCAAUGGGAGACGAAGCUUAUCCGACGAGCAUCUUAAUAAGAAGCACCAAGGCGACCGCGCCCAAGCAUUCUACCUCAUCCGGCGACGCCCUAGCGCUUUCAAGCUUUAGAAUCUUUGUAGGUUUCCUUUAAAUUUUUUCGCCUUCCUCUUCUAAAUUGCCAUAGCAUGGAGCAGCCCCGCCUGCUGACGCUUUCAGCGGGUUGCUUUUCUUGCCGCGUAUUCCAUUGCGGUCUGUCUGCGGGUGCAUAUAUGCAGCUGGUGCGCAAGCUUUCCCUCUUCAACGAAGCGGGAACUCGGCCGAGCCUAAACGGCAGCAGGUGGCCGCAAGCGAAAAAGGCCUGCGUGGUCCACUUGAACGCUACCGGUGCGCGUUGGUCGAGUUUUUGCGGGGCCAUGGUCGUGGGUCGUUCCGUGGGUCGUUUUUGAAAUGCAUGGGCAGAGCUGAGGGCGUGGCAUUUAUCUCGUGUGUGGAGCUUGACGGCACUCCGCUGAAGGCGCUGGGCUUAUUCGUGAGGGGUUUAGAAGGGUGUGGGACGUUUUUGACUGUGUGGAGCUUUGCCAAGAUUUUCAAGAGCGGCGAACCCCGAACGGCGUGGGACUAUUACUAUAGCGCCGGCCAUUCGCGUGGAGGAUGGUCACGAGACAGACUGACAAGGCGUCGGAGCUAUUGGGGACCCAUGUGAAGCCGAUCAGCCAGGCAGCUACUACGUGGCGACGGAGCUCCGAUCGGCUCUGCUUUCGCCUUGGGCUUGUAUUCUGGAGAUGGCGCACCGCGACCGCCGUCAGCUGUCAUGAGCGAGGCGCCGCCACUUCAAUCGCGGAGGUCUGGCGCCUGCGUUUGCGGACCCACUUGGGAGCGUUCUCGGCAAGAGGUGAGGCCCAUGAAGUGGAUCGCCGAAAGCUUCUGAAGGUUUUCACCUUCGACGAAUCUCACCCAAAAGAAGAAGCUUUCGACUCCGAAAAUUUCUGGGAGCUGCUUGCUGCAAGUUGUUCGCUGAAAGUUUCGGAGGGUUUCCGCCUUUUUCCGAAAAUGUUUCGGAAGUUUUCAGAAACUUUCGGAAGGUUUCGGGAUGCGUUUUUUUUGGGUGAGAUUCCUGGCUCGCUGGGAAAAAACUCGCGGAAACUUUCGGCGGGGUCUAUCUUGGCUGGCGGUCUCGUCUUCUUUGCAGCGUUCUGGGCUCCCGUGUUUUACUGAAGUGCGCAGUGCUUGAAAUGGGUGGCGUAUGGGCCGCGAGUCGGGCAGCCGUUUAGAAAUUCGGCCAAAGACUAUCGACAAGAGGGGCGCGGCGUUGGUUCGGUAGUAAAUGGGCUGCCGCUGGGGAUGGCUGGCCGCUUGAAGAAAGCCCAGCUUCGACAUUUCUGAGGAUGGCACUACUGCGGGCGGGUUCGAGCGUGACCGGAUAGAAAAGGCGCGCAAGAUCUUGCGGGGCUUGACAAUUUCAGGGGCGCUACCGCUGCUGUUCUCUCGUUUCGGCGAGAUGGCUGGGCUCCUGAUGCUCUAUGCGGCUACUUAGCGACUCAGCUUGGCGGGCUCCUCGGCUCUGCGGCUGGUGUUGGAACUUGUUCGGCGAAGGAGCUCUACUUGUCCAGCAUGUUCUGGAGUCCGAAAGUGUCAGCGGGUGAAUUCGCUGGGAAGUGCUGGGCAGUUGCUACGGGUCUCCACUACGUGAGUUUGAAUUGAUUGGCUUGCGGCUGUUUGGGUCGUCAGCUGUAGCCCCGCUCCCGCUGACGCGUUUGCUACAUUUUGGAGGCUGUCACCCAAAGCGAGCGGCGCAGAGCCUUGCUGUGUCACUGCCGCGAAGUUUGCGCGGCGUUGUCCGCCGGGGUGAAUCGCGUUCGCAAUAAAGUGGCGGGGACCUUGGAAAGUGCGCGCGUGUGUCUCUCUUUGAGCUGCUUGCCCACGCGACGGAGUAGAUGCUUGGUCGUGGGUGGUUGUUUUGGAGGUAGACGAGGCGCGCGGCUUGAUGGGAUAAAUCUGACGGGCGGAGGGGUGGGAAGUCAUUGGGCUGAGGUUUCUCUUUGAUGAAGCUGCUGCGUGCGCGCUGUGAUUUCUCCGAUGCUAAUCCACUCAGGCUGCACAGUCUUGAGCAACAUGGCUGCAGCGCUGAAGCGCUUGCUUGUCGCCGUCAUUUAGUUACUGCGAGUAGAGGCUCCACAAGCUGGCAGCGGACGUGGCGCGCCGACAUCACGGACGCGGGCUCGCCGGUGCUCUGUAGCUGUCUUGGCGCACCUUCAUCGGCGUCAGCUUUCUGAGCGGUUUGCAGGCUUUCUUUGACUACAACAACAAGAAGGAAAAGCGCAGCGGCAUCGCUUUGCUGGGUGAUGGUGCUCCGUCAGUUCUUCGGGUGAUAACUUGGGAGGCCAGUGCGCGCGCCGCGCUGUGUGCAGGUCAGAGUGAGCUUUUUGCCUGUUGAUGAAGAGAGUCGCAAGAAAGGGCACCACGAUGGCAGCGCAGCGGAAAAAAGCAAAGAACCGCGCGCAAAACGUACCUCGGACACUGUCGGGCGAUCGAGCUCCGUGUGGAAUUGAGCAGGAAAGCCGAGCAGAGGCUUGAGGAAAAUCGUGACGGAAGUCGCAAGGGGUGCAGAGAUGCGGCAGCCUUUCGCAAUGGAGCAGAGCGCCGAGAGGGACGACAACCACAGCGGGCGGACUCUUUGACGGCCAGCACUUUCAUGCAGGGCCCGCUGAUCUUCUUUGGGGCGCAUCCGCUUGGUGGGAAGUAGCGUGAGAGCGUCGGCCGCCGUGUCUCGUGCGCGGAACUACCUUGCAGCUAGGGACUCACCACGGGAGUCAAGCGCCCGCCGCGCCUUGUGGUGAUAAAGGUCAAACAGCUUCCGCGUGCGUUGCUUGUGCGUGCUGAGCUGGUUCGCGCGCUGAGAUAAGAGCGCAAAAGCGUGCCUAUUCAUCGUGGGCGGGGUCUACUGCUUUUUGGCUCGCCGACCAAUGGGAUUUUUGCACAGCUGGCUCAUUGCUUGGCAGGGGGCCGUGAAAUGUGUAACGAAGUAGCGGCGGGGGCCCAUGGGUGAUGUGCAGGCUCGGUCGCCGUCUGCAUGUCGAUCGCCAUCUGCGUCGCCUGAUCUUCACUCUCGUCGUAGAACUUCACUGCAAUCAGAAGAGACUUCCGCGAAGCAGCAGGGCGCUCCGCCUCGUCGUCUGAUGCGUCGCUAUCGUCCGCGGCCGCCGCGAAUCGUGCGCCGUGCUUCUCUUGAUGCAAGCGCCUGCCGUCAUCCGUAACUUCAAUUCUCGCGCCCACUUUAAUUUUACCACGCACGCUAUGCAGCCGCGACCUAAGCGCCAACUCGUAUAGACCUUCAGCCAUUUCCUCACUUCUUUGCGCAUUGCUGUGCUGUGGUCUUCUCUUGCCCUUUCUCCAGGUGGGCGACGGCAUGCGCAACGGUCUCUGUCGUGUUUGCGAGUAUUUUACUGAUAAUGGCGUGGCAAUCCCGGCGCAGAUUCGUGUCGUGUGUAUUACCAUGAAGAACGUUCGCUCCGCCUAUCGGCAGGGAGGUCACAGGAGCAAGAAGGGCGCGCCUUUCUUGAAGUGGGGCCACGCUUCUCAACGCAGCCGCUUAUCGCGCUAGUGACGGCGCAGAUGCAGUCGGAGGCAGUGCGCGAGCACAGCGAGACGGCCGACGCGCUUGCCAUCUUGGCUGAAUACCUCAACGAUGCGCACAGCAUGCGAAUCCCUUCAACACUCCCGCGGUGACCAAUUGGAAGGCUAAGCCCAAGGUCACUCAGUCAGCACGCUGGUGCACUUCUUGGAGAAGUUCACAGGCGGCGCCCCCAUCGGUGAUCAAGAUCCAGCGAAAGCCUGCGGAUACCGCGAUGACAUCGAGCCACACCUCAGGGAGCGCUCUUUGCUGGGCGGGCCUUCAACUUGAAUCAAGGGCCUUUCUCAGAGCGUGGGCCACGAGCCGCGACAGAGUUGCUGCCAACGUCUGCGAGAACGCUGUCGCUACUGGUAUGAAGAUGCUCAGUCUAGUCGUUGUGUUUGUAGUCGUAAGUCUCCGGGUAUUAGAGUUCUUGCCAUGACCAAGCAAGUAUCUUCGUAUCUACUCCUGGGCUUGCUUAUUAACCUCUGGCCGGCCAUUCUUUUCCAGGUGCCAAAGCUGGCGCCGGCAUCGGAUUGAUUUGCUGCCCUCUCGGAUACUUGGCACGGCCUUGCCCCUCAAGUCCGAAGCGGUUCUGUCACUCGAAUCGCCAAGAUCGGAGCUGCGCAAACCCAACAAGGCCCCCCGCAUGUCGCUGCAGCAGACAGCAUCUGCUACCGGUGAAGGCUGGCUGUCGAGGUGGUAGCAGAAGAGUGAAACAAAAUGAGGCGGAGUCUCCGCGCAACAAGUAGCGAAGCUUUCACUUUUUCGGGGUGGUUGCUUCCAAGUAGAUAGAGCUUCAAGCUGCGUUUUCUCGUAAGUAUCGUCUCACGCAAGUGCUUGGCUUCUCGUUGCUGCAGGAUGGGGCAGCAUUUGUCAUCCCAUUCAGAGUCGGCUUCAUGCUUAUGAAGUUACUAGCUUGAGUCCUCGCCUUCAAUAGUCGCCGCGAUCUGUUUUCGUUGGGGUUUCACUUGUCUGGUCUUGAUCGAUGAGCGAGCAGCUAUCUUCAGCGUGAAAACUCACGCACUGAGGACCGAGCAAGUUUUAUAUCUAUGGGUAUAAGAGUUAUAACGUCGGUCGCCUAAUUCUGUGGCUUGGCGGUACAGGUAGAGCUUCACCACCAAAGAAAACUAAUCCUAAUGCGAGAAGUAUGAACCCCCUAAGGCCCGCCACACUUGAAGGAGUGGCCUUGGGUCUAUAUUAGGAAAAAACAGCGAAGGAAGGCAAGGCUUGAGCCUAAGAGAUAAAGCCGAGCCUUAUGCGUUAAACUUCUACACCUUCGCUAUCGAUUUGAGUGAUUCGCUAGUCUUGGUUUCUGCUGUUGUUAUCGUAACGAUGCAUCUGCGAAAGUCCGCUACUGUGCAGCCUGAUAACAUGGCCGCACCGUUUACGCUCGUCGUCAUGUUUGAAAGGUGGACAGAAAUAGCAGAAGGGUCAUGGAUUUUUCUACAUGGUAGCGAACUGCUAAUAGAUGACAGAACUGCCAUGGUUGAUUAUGCAACGGACUCGAUUCCCCGCAUCUUUGGGCGCCUGUUUUCUUCGAGUUCUAUACUAUUAGACCUCGCGCGAAUCUUGUGUCUAGUGUUUCUAGAUGGACAUCCCUCAUCUAGAUCUAUGAAGAGUCGCGCUGCUAUCUCGGGUGAAGUGGUCUGCCCUUUCUUGAUGGGGUGCGUGAGUUGUCUGAUCGUGUAAAAUUACCGGAGUGAUAUCGCUUCGAGCUUCGAAAAUGAACUAGCGGAGUUAUUUGAUCAGCCUCCCUCUCUACUCUUCCCUCUUCAUUCUUUCGAGAAGUUAGCAGUCAGGGAGUCAGAUCCUUGCUUUGAGUUGUUGAGCUAUAUGGUCUACCUUAUACGCGCCUAUCUUCGGCGCUAGUACAAGAGACGACGAUAGGUGACACACUUCAGCUUCACAACCACACCCCUCAAGCCUUGCGACUGUUGCACCCUGAUGAAGACAGGCGACGAAUUCCGUCCAGAAAUCUGCGGCCGAACUAGAAGCCUUGGAGUGCUUGCCGUCGUUUUCUUCAACAUCUGAAGCCACGCAGAAGCCUUGCGAAGGAAUGAAAUGAGAAAACAGCCUUGAAUAGAAGCGCGGCCCUCUAUGUGAUGGAAAAGUCAAAGUGUGGGCCUAUUUGAGAUCAUUAAAGCAGGCAGGGCUUGCCCCAGGCGUUCGCUCUUCCUCGGCCUCGCGUUGUUGCUCGUUGGAUGUGAGCGAGAGGAUGAAGGAAUGAGGGAACGCCCAGGGGUGUCGCUGGAUGUUUGUCUUUGGAUCUUGCUGUCGCUUCGCAGUUCGUUCUCAUUGUGAGUCUAAUGAUGAAGCAAACGAGAGAAAGACAGGCACUCCAGCGGAAAGGAAAAGCGAAGCCCUUGACGUAGAUGGGGCUCCUCUGUUCUGUCUUCGGAUAGUGUUCUUUCCGAGCUAUGCAAAGAGCCUCACUAUGUCAGGGCUUUAGGCAUGUCGUGCCUUGGUGGUAAUUGUUUAAGGAUAAAAGGAAAAAACGAAAGAAGCACGCCGCGCCGAUUUCCGCAGGAGAGCGGUGGCACCUUGUGCGUUGCGGUUCCAGUGCUGACAGCGGUGGUCGGCGUCCCGCUUCGAAAAGGGUCUCGCGCCUCUUCUUGCAGCAGGGCACUGGCGCGGCGUGGAGAAGGCGCAACUCCACACGGGCAGCACCUACUGCCUCUGUUGCUUGUUGCGAUCAUGUUGCAGCAGCGUGAUCGGGUGGCGUUCGUCGUCGUGCAAAUGUCAAUCGUGAACUCCGUCGCGCGACUCGUAUGGAGGCAGUGUUCCAGACGCUUCGGUGGAUCGGUCGAGGGAUGAGACAAGUGCGUCGGUGGUUUGUCUUCUUUCCUGAGAGAGUAAGGGCGAGAGAAAAAAAAACUUCUUUGAAAAUCCUGCGAAUAUCCGCCAGCGGUGUCUGUAGCAGGCCGUUCUAUCCAACAUCUGCUUCUGCGUCUCUCUGAUGGUUCACGUUCAGCCUGCUGCGAUCCGGGUUUGUUGCUGCUCGCCCGCUUCGUCCGACUCCUCUCGUUGCUUGUCUAGGUAGUCCAGCCAUUUGAAGAGCCAUCGUUUUUCGACUUCGCUUUGAUUAUUUAUAUCAAAGCCAAAUGAAAAAACAAAACAUCCCUUUUUCCAAGUGGUUCGGGUGUGGAAACUUCGAGUGUUAAUUUUUAUAGAUGAGCGCUGCGGAAGCGACCGCACAACACGAAGCGAAAACUGCGCAAGUGCAGGUGGAAGCGCAAAAACUAAUAGAUAGGAAGCAUCCUCGCACUAUCCAGUUCCGCUUCCAGAUCAACUUACUCUCCCCCAAUCUCCCAGCCCUCGGCGAAAUGCGAAACAGCGUGUUAACACCAAGUUAUCAGUUGAAUUUUCUCUCACCUCGCGUUUUCCAGGAUAUCUGUCUCCAUCGUCUCCCUGAGUUGUCGAACGGGGACGAUCGCUGUCUCGAAAUGGGCAAGGCGGAGCGCCUAAUUGCUCAGGUUAUGGUAGAGUGGCGAAGGUGUUUGUCAUAGCCAAUUUAGGGGCGUUGUUCUGUCCUGGCGUCUGUCAGUCAUCAGUCACGGGGGGCCGCGCAUCCUACACGCGACGCGGUGCACUUGGGGCGCCAAGUGUAUUCAGUCCAGCCACAGUCCACAUCAGUCCAAAUUCAAUCCCACCCUCCACUCUCUUUUUUUCGCCCUACAUUCACCCCAGCUCGCCGUCGUUGUGCUCGUUCUUGUGGCGAAGUCAAGGCCUAGUCGUCUGUCACAAUGAUCGAGUCAGUAUGCUCGAACGGUGCCACAGCUUCGCGUGGGCUAGACUGAGUGCUAGGCUGCACGAGCAAGAUAACGCCCCUAAAUCAAAUGUCAGCGCCUUCAAAAUGCUCAUCAAUUCUUCCACAUGUUAGCGGGAGUCAGGCUUACGCCGGGCGCAUUGAAGUCCACAACUAUCGCACGGGCUCGGGCGAAAAGAUCGGCGGUUUCGAGGACUUCAGGCAAUACCUCAAACGCAAGCUUGAACCGACCUCCAAGGCGAAGUAUAGGAUGGAUUGCCAAGUGAAGAGGACGGGGUUAAGGCUUCUCCUUCUGUAGUUGGAAAUAAUUCACUUCCACAUGCGCCACCCUCUCAAAUUAUUCGCUCAGUUUUCCGACAGGAAUUCUGACGAGGAAGGACGCUGGGUAACUGAAUCGUCGGAGGCUCUAAUGAAAGCAGGCGAGGGCUUGAUGGAGACUUUUAGAUCGCCCUUUGUGACAAUUUCCUUCGGUCGUUGAACCUAAGACUUCUGUUGACAGGGUAUGGAUCACGAGAUGCAUGGUCGGGUUGUUAGGGUGGAGCAUGGUUGGGCUUUGUAUUUGUUGCAGCUAGGAAAAAGGCUCAGUAGAGGUUAUUACGAAAGUGAUGACGUUGAAGUUUUUGAAUUUGAUGUAACCGGACGAGUCAACAUGUUGAAAAAAGUAGAGUUUUUGAACAUGAGCGCAAUCUCAAUCCUUGUGCAAUCUGUUUUGUUACCUUCUGAAAAGAACUCGACUUAUUUUGGACUGUCGUGAAAGGAGUACCUACUCGCUACGAACUUGUCAAAAUAAAUGUGCAUAACAAAUGCUAGCUCGUCGCUGUCCGAAAGUGAAGUACUUUUAUUGUUUUGUCCUUCGUUCAUCCGUUGUCGUGUUACUCAUUGCUGUUACUAGAUCUAUUCGAGGAGGAACAAGAUGGAGGCGCUAAGAAUGAAGUAGGUUUUAUUACGGUGAAGUUGAGAAAUUGUGGCCUACUCCUGCUGUUGCAGCUUCGAGCGUGCGACGCGAGCUAGGCCUACAACUUGUGCCUUUUACUUUUUCAAGUUCAACAAAACACUUUUUCAAGUCCAAGAACAACAAACUUGCUCAAUUUCAACAGCAAACCUUUUCAAGUUCAACUACAAAGUUUUUCAAGUUCAGCAGAUUUUUUAUCUAGAAAGGCUAUCAUUUUUGUGUGGCAGCUCGCUCCCCGAGAAGAAAGCUACGCCGCAUGCUUUCACUCUAGGUUGAGCUUGAAGCGCUCAGACCCGUAAGGGCUUAGGCGUUUAGGAAGUCAGAUGCUUAGGAACUCAGAUGCUUGAGAUCUCAGAGAUCUCUGCUCGUUAGGAGGUUCUUAACUUACUUCAGGCAACCAGAGUCACAGCGGCAGUGUGUUCGUAUUUUCCAGUUAAUGUACGCAGUGCCUCCCGUCC